CCCAGCUGGCUCCAGGUGGGCCCCUGCCCGACGACGGGGGCUCCGUGCCCCCCACGCGCGCCGCAUUCACCACGAGGCGCCCCCCGACAGGCGAGGCCCUCGUGCUUCCCCGAUGCGGGGCCCCCGGUCGUCCCGGCCCCGCCCUCCCCGAGGACCAGCUGUCCAUGGCGAGUGGCUGUCUGACGGGGCCCAGAGGCCGACCUUGGCCCAGAGGGGCCGCCCGCCGCGACUUUUCUUCCACGACGCGAGCGCCUCCCGAGCAGCCAUUUUGGCUCCAGACAGCCGCAGCGGCCCGCCGCCCGAGCUGACCGACCUGGCGCCCCAGCGCGGCGGAACACGCGCCGCUGCCAUGCGCCUCGCGGCGGCCCUGCUGGCGUGGCUCCUGCACGCGCCGCCCGCCGAGGGCAAGGUGCGCAUCGGCACGGUGGGCGUCGGAGGGCGGGAGGGCGAGCGCAGCCGCUGGCAGUACCUCAGCAAGUUCGGCUACGACCUCGGCACGGGGGUGUACGAGGUCCGCCUGAGGCUGCACAAGCCACGGAGCAUCCGCCACAGCGCGCAGCUGCUCAGCCUCCACGUCUACCUCGACGAGGACUGGGACCGGGUCCAGGCCGCGCCCUUCUGCGAGCGGACCGGCAAUCACCUGUGCCGGCAGUCGUACGAUGUGGAGAUCAGCAGGUCUGGCGAGUGGUCCGACUGGCACGAGGGGGCGCUGGAUCAGCGCGUGCGUCCGCACAUCUGGUACUUCGCGCUCUCCAACUGCGGCAACCCGGUGAACAGCAACGAGACGGUCGAGGUGGAGUUCGAGCUCCGGGCACGCCAAGAGGGCGGGUCGGAGUUCAGCGUCGAGGCCCGGCGCAUGCUGGGCGCGCACUGCCUGGCGAUCGGGCUGCUCACCGUGUUCUUGGUGGACUACGCCGCCAGGUGCGUGGCCUUCCAGAGGUCGACCUUCUCCAUCCACCCGGUCAUCUGGGUCCUCUCCGGCGCGCUGGUGCUGCAGUUCUCGGCGCAGGCUCUCCACAGCGUCCACCUCUGCCUCUACGGCUCCGACGGCGUCGGCGCGCAGACCCUGGACGCGCUCUCGGAGAGCCUGCUGAUGGCCAGCCAGGUUGUCCACACCACGCUGCUCAUCCUGAUAGCCCAGGGCUGCACCCUGGUGCCGUCGCCUGACGACUACGCCAGGACGAUGAAGCUGAUCUCGCUGAGCGUGCUCGUGGUGCACGCGGCCAUCGUCUGGUUCGGCAAGCUCGAGG